ACCGUUGACAGACGACAACGAACGUCAACAAACCUGCCGAACACAUGGGUUUGUUGUUUUGGUGAAUUUUGUUUGUCACGGUCCCAGUUUUAUUGAAUGAGUAACUUUCUUAGUUACUGCGAUCAAAAAUCUUCAAAAUGGCGGCUCAAUACAAAUCUAUUCACCCUGUCAAGUACUAUCGUGACUUUUUAGCUCAGGAUGUAAGACCCGAUGGAAGGACCCCAGACAAGACUCGAACAGUUACUGUAAAUGCAAAUUCAAUUAGCACAUCUGACGGAUCUGCCACUGUAAGAAUCGGAAACACAACAGUAAUUUGUGGAAUCAAAGCUGAGCUUGGUAAACCAAAGGCAGAUGAGCCAGAGUCUGGCUUUGUGGUUCCGAAUGUAGAAUUGCCACCUUUGUGUUCACCAUGCUUCCGCCCUGGCCCACCCAGUGAAGAAGCUCAAGUUAUGACUUGCUUUGUAGCCAAGGCCACAUCAGGAAUGGUUGAUCUGAAGCAACUGGGCAUCUCAUUGGAUAACUUGGCAUGGGUGCUCCACAUAGACAUGAUCUGCCUUGACUACGAUGGUUGUGUGCAAGAUGCGUGUGUGAUAGCGCUGUCAACUGCUCUUCGCACGGUGAAAUUGCCCAAAGUUGAUUACGAUGAGGACACUAAGACACCCACUGUUCAUCUCAAUCAGAGAACCAGUGUAGAUGUGAAAAGUUCCCCUGUAUCAACAUCAUUUGCUGUGUUUGAUGAAGAAAUAAUUCUUAGCGACCCAACUGCCGAAGAAGAAAGUUUAUCUAGUGCGAGACUGACUGUAGUGACAGAUGGUAAAUCAAUAUUCUCUGUUCACAAACCAGGUGGAAGCACUUUGACCGAGGUGCAACUACAAGACUGCAUAUCUAUUGCAAAGGAGCGAGCAAAUCUUGUUAAUGAAAUGAUCAGGGUGGCUGUUGGUUCUGUGAAACGAUGAGGUAUGGACUCUAGAGAUUUUCUUAUUAUAAACUGGAGAAAGUUCCAUCCUUCUUACCAUUACAAUAAACUUAUCUUCUGUAUAUUUUCACAAAUAAUUCUCUAUAAAUGUAGUUUACAAUU